GAAAGAAAGAAAAAGGGGGGAAGCAAAGCACAAACGUCCCCCGCCGUCGCAGAGUCGCAAUAGCAGCAGCAGCAACAAACCCGAACCUCGCCGUAGAUCUGCGGCCGCGCUAGGGUUUUUCGGCUAGGAGAGGGGCGGAGCCGGUCGAGAGGGAGCGAGGCAGAGGAAGAGGGAGAUGGACGUGGUGAAGGCGGCACAGCUCUCGGGGCGGACGCUGGAGCGGGUGGUGGUGCACCCGCUGGUGCUGCUCAGCAUCGUCGACCACUACAACCGCGUCGCCCGCGACACCCGGAAGCGCGUCGUCGGUGUGCUCCUCGGCACCUCCUCCCGCGGCACCGUCGACGUCACCAACUCCUACGCCGUGCCGUUCGAGGAGGAUGACAAGGAUCCGAGGAUCUGGUUCCUUGACCAUAAUUACCAUGAGUCUAUGUUCUCCAUGUUCAAGAGGAUCAAUGCCAAGGAGCAUGUUGUUGGCUGGUACAGCACUGGUCCAAAACUAAAGGAGAACGACUUGGAUGUUCACGCGUUGUUCAACAACUAUGUUCCUAAUCCUGUCCUGGUGAUUAUUGAUGUUCAACCGAAGGAAUUGGGAAUACCCACCAAAGCAUACUAUGCCGUGGAAGAGGUUAAAGAGAAUGCUACUCAGAAAAGUCAAAAGGUGUUUGUCCAUGUGCCGUCAGAAAUUGCUGCCCAUGAAGUUGAGGAAAUCGGAGUUGAGCACCUUCUGAGGGACGUGAAAGACACAACAAUAAGCACACUUGCAACCGAGGUCAGCAGCAAGCUCGCAGCCUUGAAAGGACUUGAUGCGAGGCUUAGGGAGAUCCGGGGCUAUCUAGAUCUUGUAAUUGAAGGGAAGCUCCCACUGAAUCACGAGAUUUUGUACCACUUGCAGGAUGUGUUUAAUCUGCUUCCCAAUCUCAACGUAAAUGAGCUUAUUAAAGCCUUUGCAGUGAAAACAAAUGAUAUGAUGCUGGUCAUAUACUUGUCCUCUCUUAUCCGGAGCGUCAUCGCACUCCACAACUUGAUCAACAAUAAAAUGCUAAACAAGGAGCACGAGAAGGCUGAGGAUUCGAAGCCAGCAGCCAUACCCACUGCUGCUGGAAGCUAAAUGUCCUCCUUUGGCUCACAUAGGGCUACCGAAUCUUUGACCCAGUGCUGGGCAAAAAAGUGACAUGUUAGCAUGGUCGCAUCUGUACCAAGUGUCUUGACCUUGAAUUUACACUUUGAUGUUUACUUCAUGUAUGAUAAGGUCAAUGACAAUACCUUACAUCCUGUGAGUUUUAGGUCUUUUUGAGCUUUAAUCUAGAUUUUAUACUGUUUGCGUCAUGUUUCGUGAUGUGGAUCGUCUUAGUAAAUGUAUGCUUCAUGUGAAAACAUUACUACAACAUGGUUAUGCUGUCUGGGCAGAUGAACAUUGAGUCCAUUUUGUUAGUAAAUUUUUUAUUCAGUGGCUGGUACUGAUGGAAAA